UUUGUCAUUAGAUCGGGUAACAUGUGGUGGAGUGCGUUGUGUGUGUUAUCUGUUGCAUCGGUUGCAAGUUGUGGGAAUAUUUUGGCACUUGUACCAGCGCCAUUCUACAGUCACCAGAUAGCAUUCGCGCAAAUAUGGAAGGAAUUGUCGUUGAGAGGCCACCACGUUACCUUGAUGACCACAGUUCCGCACAGAGACCCUACCUUGAUAAACCUGACGGAAAUCGAUACCAGCAAUGCUUUCCAGAUAGUGACACAUAAGUACCAAAUCAGCAAGACGGCGGAAAAUAUAUUGAAUAUGUGGAACUGGUACGAUAUCUUCGCACAAAUCAAUUCGGAUGCAGCUGAGGAGCAACUAUCCAAUCCGAAAGUGCAGGAGUUGAUCCACAAGAGGAACAAUUUCAACUUCGACGUGGUUUUCGUUGAGUCUUACUACGCAGAGUUUUUGGCUUUUGGAAAACUUUAUAAUUGCCCCACUGUUUUAACUACAUCUGUGGACGGGCAUACUCUGUUCCAACAUGCCAUGGGUAAUCCAGCCCAUCCGAUUCUUCAUACUGAUUACGCGACUCCUUUCCAUGGAAAACUGACGUUCAGGGAAAGAGUAAUAAGUACGAUUUACUCCGUUUACGUGUCACUAUUUGAAACGUUUUAUGUUCUACCGGGAAAGCAGAGGAUCAUAGACAAAUAUUUUACAAAUAUGUCCCUUAAAUUGGAGAGUCUCAUCAGUGAUGUCGAUAUGAUGUUCUUGGAUGUAAAUCCAGUUAUCCAGGAUGCUAGAGCAAUUGGGCCAACUACCAUUAACAUUGGAAUGGAGAGGAAUAUUGUUCCGAAGAGACCUUUGACUAAGGACCUCAAAGACUUUAUGGACAAUGCCAAGGAAGGAUUCAUUUAUUUUAGUCUCGGGAGCAACGUAAGGAGCAAGGAGCUCAAUCAUGACACUCUGACAGCCAUUGUACAAGCGUUCAAGGAGAUACCUUACAAGGUUGUUUGGAAAUUCGAAGGCGAUGAUCUACCCGGAAAACCCGAUAAUGUGAAAUUGGUUCGGUGGGCGCCUCAGCAAAUUGUAUUGAAACAUCCAAAUAUAAAACUAUUCAUCACUCAAGGAGGUCUUCAGUCGAUGGAAGAAGCAGUUUACAGUAAGGUGCCGAUGGUAGUGAUUCCAUUUUUCUUUGAUCAGUUCAAGAACGCAAGACUGAUGGAAAUCAAACAUAUUGGUAAAACAAUUGGCCGGAAACCAUCAGUAAAGAAGGAUGAGUUAAAAAAUGCCAUAAUAGAAGUCAUCACAGAUCCAAAGUAUAUCAAUUCAGUCAGACGUCUAGGAAGACUAUCCAAAGACGUUCCUAUGACUGGUCUGGAGAAGGCUAUCUGGUGGACCGAAUACAUCAUUAGAAACAAGGGAGCAAAGCAUUUAAGAAAUCCAGCAUCAGAUAUACCCUUUUAUCAGUAUUUCCUCUUAGAUGUUAUAAGUUUCAUAAUAGUAGUCACGUUUUGUAUUCUGAUAGUUUUAUGCAUAUUCGUGAAGAAAAGUGUUCAAGUUGUCAGAGGUAUUUUACGUACCAUGACGACAAAGUCAAAAAAAUUAGAGUAGGAAUAAAUUAUUUAUGUUUGACUCUUUAGAAACACGUUCCUGGUGAGAGUAUUAUUGCAAUUUUUGCGUCUCAUACGAUAUAUUUGAUUUAGAAAUAAAUUUGAGAUAGUUUAGUUGACCUUUUAUAACUAUUGUAUACUUACCCUUUGUUCCUUAAUUUAAUACUUUCAUUUUUAUUUCUGUUACAUUUAUUUGGUCAUAAUAGUAAUAAGGAUUGGUCUUUUUUCAUUAAAAAAAUGAUUGAGAAAA